CCACUUGAUACCUCCAUCUCCUCUUCUUCUCUUCUUACCUUCCACCAGAUCUCACUCCCCACAAUUCAAAAUUUUCUCCUUUUCCUGAGAAUUAAUGAAAAUUUCCAUAUUCAUCUAUUUGCUGGGCAAGAGAAUUUUUAUUUGGAUAUUUUUUUUUUUUUACUUUUACUAUAGUUGUUGUGUAGUUGUUGUAGUUACAUGACAGCUCCUUACAAACUUAGAUCCCAUAGUCGUUUCUUCUACAUUGACACUUGCCUUAAGAGGGGGGCAAAGAAAGGAUCUGGAAAGAAAAAAAUCUCAAGAUUUGUAAAUGGGUGCGAAGCCUUCAAAGAUCUGAAAUUUUAAGAGGUAAUAAUUAAUGAAUCAUUAAAUUCUCAUCUUCUUUGGUACUUACUCUGUUUCUGUGUUGUCUCACUAUAUAUAUUUAAUACAAUUAUUAUUGCUUGUGUUUUUGCAUCUUCGAAUUGGGCAACUAAUUUGCUUUGACAAAUGCUAUUCUUUACAUGUCCUUGAUUUUAGCUCCUUCUGUUGUCCUGUUGUGUUAUUCUGGGAAAUUUUUUUGUCUUCCUGUGAGUAAAUUUCUGUUUGGAUAAAUUCGGGACCACAAUAGCACAAACUUGGAGACUCUCUUUAUUGGGACUCUCUUUGUUUCAUGAUUCUGAUUUUCUAGUUCAUGUUGUUAAGUUUAGGAAAAAUGGAUAGUGAACUUAAAAGCCAGCUAUCAAGAGAAACACAUAUCUUUAGACUUCAGGUCUGGGAAGUAAUUGGAAUAGCUGUUGCAUUGAUCAUCAUAGCCAUACUAUCGGUUCUUUCGUUUUGUCUUACUUCGGAAAAGAAAUCAAGAAGAUCAAAAGCCGGACUUCCUGUUAUACGAAUCCCUCAAGUCUCCAAGGAGAUCAAAGAAGUAAGAGUUGAGCAUGUCUCAGCAAGUAACUUUGCUCCUCGUGAAGGCAUUCUUCUCACAAUCCAGGACAAAAACAACAAAGACUCAGACAAAGUCUUGGUUCAUUUGGAUAUGGGGAAGAAGCGAAAGAAUGGUGCAAGUAGUUGUAGCCGGCCAGGCUCGUUUCACUAUCUAGAGAUGAUAGAUAAAUAUUCUGAGUCAGGUGAAGAAGUUUCUGUAAACCAACCUUCUUCAUCAUCAUUGUAUAACAUUGCAACUCCAUCUCCAUUGUCUGGUUUGCCUGAGUCUCAUCUUGGUUGGGGCCACUGGUUUACAUUGAGAGAUCUUGAAAUAGCAACUAAUAAAUUCUCAAAGGAGAAUGUUAUUGGUGAAGGAGGUUAUGGAGUUGUUUACAGAGGGGAGUUGAUCAAUGGAACGCCUGUUGCAGUUAAAAAGAUUCUUAAUCAGUUGGGACAAGCUGAGAAAGAGUUUAGAGUUGAGGUUGAUGCUAUUGGUCAUGUCCGUCACAAGAACUUGGUCCGUCUUCUUGGUUACUGCAUUGAAGGCACUCACAGGAUAUUGGUUUACGAGUAUGUUAACAAUGGAAACUUAGAACAAUGGCUUCACGGAGCAAUGAGACAACAUGGUUACCUAACUUGGGAAGCGAGGAUGAAGGUUCUCAUCGGUACAUCGAAAGCCCUUGCAUAUCUGCAUGAGGCAAUUGAGCCAAAAGUAGUACACAGGGACAUCAAAUCAAGCAACAUACUGAUCAACGACGAAUUCAACGCAAAGGUUUCAGAUUUCGGACUUGCUAAAUUGCUUGGCGCUGGGAAAAGCCAUGUGACAACACGAGUUAUGGGAACAUUUGGGUGA